AUGUUCCUUUGGUGCCUUUUUGGUGCCGAUGCGCUGUCCGAUGGUACGGGCUGUGGGCAUUGCAUGGAGGAGAACGUGCUGAUGCAGAUGGUGAACCUCCAGCCGAACGUGGAGUCGUCCCAAUACCAUCCCAGCCGGGCGCGGAGAUUCCGCCGCUUCCGCCGCUUCCGCCGCUUCGGCCGCUACGGCGCGAACACUGAGAGCACAACAGCCACCACAAGCACCACCACAAGCACCACCACAAGCACCACCACAAGCACCACCACCAGGGUGGUGUGCACUGGUGGCACUUGGGGGGGUUCUGAAGUGGCUCUCACCAAAAUCAUUGAUACCAGCCCGCCCCAAAAUACGUUCACAUUCAAUGUAAAUGUGACAUCCCCAGAAUGUGAAUGCGUGGGCAGUCCUGUAUUCGGUUCCAUACCCGGCUUCCUUGGUGUUAGUGUGAUCGGUGUUGAGGAUGCGAAAGGUGUGUUUUUCAUCAGCAUCACAAGUCCCAAUGACACGGAUGUGAAAGUAGCACCAAUUCGCACUGGGACGACUCUCCAGGCCGAGACCGUGGCAUUCAACGGCUUCCCAGCAAAUGGCAGCUGGGUCAUCAAAUUGCUGGAUGCCAGCGGCAACCUUUCAACACAAACGGCCACCAUAUUUGAAAUCCAGUUUGGGCUUAUCAGCUGCCACCAGGCCUUGCCGACACCUGAUUGUGUUGGCAAUUUUUUUGGUGGGCGGACGUGGGUUGCCCAAAAUCUCGCACUAGUCGGGACGACUCUUUCUCCAACCCCCACCCUCCUCCAGUUUAAUGUGGAGGCGAGCAGUGCCUGCUGCGUCCGUCGUGGUAUUGUGCAGCUUUUACUUGACUUCAACGCCGUUUCAAGUCCAAGUGGAAGAACCCUGACCGCUGCUGGUCUGAGCCCAGAUGCCAUUCAAUUCAGUUUGACAGGCCAAUUGAUGGAUGUGAACCCUGUCACUUCUGUGGCUGUUGGGGCAAUUGUGGACGCAGUUGCAGGGGCUCGGGCCGCUGGGCUGUGGACCCUAAACACGUCCACAGAUGGUGCUACGGCGGUCAUCAACAACACCGGCCAGAAUCCGAGCUGCGAACUCGAGACCCAUGAGCCUUUGCCACGGCUGAUGGAUGAAAAAGCAUUCACGGUGCAGCGUUGCAACGCGUUGCAACGGGACCCAAAAAGCCAUCGGGACUUCAGCGAUUGGGUCAUGAUCCAUGUCAUUGUGGUGUCCUCGGCUCCGUCGCGUGAACCGAUGGCACGGGCAGUGCGUGGCCAGACGAAGGUGGCUCUGCGAGCGAAUAAGAAGGAGGCGCGUGAUCGUAGCCUGGAGAAAUUCGGCUCGCCCUCUUUGCCCCUCGGCUCCUGGAGCGAUUGUGAUCGAUGCCUGUUGGAUGAGAUGAGUACUGACCUCUCGGAUUUUGGAACGCAAGACUUGGCCAACGUGGCUUGGGCAGCUGUGCAGUUGGUCACCAGCGAACCCUUGGUGGUGGCCCUUGCAGUGGAAGCUGAAAGGAACUGGGAGCCCCUAAAAGCCGGCCAUGAAGCUUUGGUUCCUGGCCAGGAAGCUCGCAGCUAUGGCGCCACAACACCUCUGCGACUUGAUGCACCAGAGUCCAUGGAAUUCCUGCGCAGACAGCAAUGCAAUCUGAUUUGGGCCUUCGCCACCAUAUCUUGGAGUACACGGGAGCCAGGCGAUCGCAGCAAUCUGAUUCUGAGUCUCUCGAAGGAAGAGCUGCGAAAGAACUUGGGCCUGGCCGCUGCCUCCUGGGGCUUUGCCACGGCCGUUGGGCCGAUCGGCGCUGCCAUCCUGAUCCAUUCUGAUCCCAUCUUUUCGAAGACCAAGAGCUCUGCAGCAGCGCCAGAUGAAUUUUUGAUGCCCGAGAACGUGCUGAUGCAGAUGGUGAGCCUCCAGCCGAACGUGGAGUCGUCCCAAUACCAUCCCGGCCGUGCGCGCCGAUUCCGCCGCUUCCGCCGCUUCGGCCGCUUCGGCCGCUACGGCGCGACGAUUCCGCCGCUUCCGCCGCUUCGGCCGCUACGGCGCGGUCCUGCAUUCGGAGGUUAUUUCAUACCAGGCUACCUCGAUGUUCGUGUGAGUGGUGUUCAGGAUGCGAAUGGUGCCCCUUUCAUCGGCAUCACAAGUCCCAAUGGCACUGAUGUGAAGGUAGCACCACUUCGCGAACAGAGCACGGGACUCGAGGCCGCAACCGUGGCAUUCAACGGUUUCCCAGCAAAUGGCAGCUGGGUCAUCAAAUUGCUGGAUGCCAGUGGCAACCUUUCAACCCAAACGGCCACCAGAAUUCGAAUCCAGUUUGGGCUUAUCAGCUGCAACCAGGUCUUGCCGACUCCUGAUUGUGUUGGCAAUUCGUUUGGUGGACAAGAAUGGGUUGCUGAAAAUCUCGCACUAGCGGGCACGACUCUUUCAUCCAGCCCCACCCUACUCCACUUUGAUGUGGAGGCGAGCAGUGCCUGCUGCGUCGCGGCUCCGCCUGAUGGUUUUGUGUUAUUAGUUCUUCUAUUGAGUGGAGGUGGAUCCCUGAAUGCUGCUGGUCUCACCCCAGCCCCAGAUGCCAUUGCCUUCAAUUUGCGCCCGCGAAACAUUCAAAACCCUCCGGUUCCCACAAGAGUUCCCACUUUUGAUGUGGACGCAUUUGCAGGGGCUCGAGCUGCUGGGCUGUGGACCCUCAACACGUCCACAGAUGCUACGGCGGUCAUCCAAAGCACCGGCUCUGGCGUCAACAUCCCGAGCUGUGAACUCGAGACCCAUGAGCCUUUGCCACGGCUGAUGGAUGAAAAAGCAUUCACGGUGCAACGUUGCAGCGCGUUGCAACGGGCACAGCAUCGAUAUCAUCAGUCAUGGGCUGCAGCAUGUUGGCACCGCAACGGGCGCUGCAUGUGGAGCCAGAGCUACAUGUGCCAAGGUCCUCGGCUGCGUCGCUUGUUGGAACCGAUGGCCGGACGGGCAGUUCGUGGCAGCCGAGGGUCGCGACAGGUCUCCUGGGAGUAUUGGCUGCAAGAACUGCUUUGCGAGCCAGAAAGAGCCAAGGAGGCCCUGCUGUCCCAGUCUUCCAGGGAGAUAAGAGUCAAUGGUCCAUCUGGUCCCAUGCUACGGGAGAGGAAGCGAGCCAAGAAGGAGGCGCGUGAUCGUCGCCUGGAGAAAUUUGGCUCGCCCUAUGUGCAGAACCGCCAUGAACCUCCGCCGCUCACCGCCCGUGGCACGCCGAAGACGGGCGCCUGGGAGAGCGGCGCGCCGGACACGGAGAACAUGCGACAGGGGCAGUUCCGCUCCCCUUGGACUGGGCAGGUCUAUGACCGUUGGGCCCCAGAAGGCAAGGUGCAGCGAAAGACGGACCGACAAGGCGGUCUGGCGCGCGCGCGAGCCUUUGAAACUCCAACGCAGAGGCAAAUUGCAACUGCGGUGGAGGAGCGGCUGGCGGAUCAUACCCCAGAAUGGGCCAAGUUCUACCCAGGUUUGGCUCCGAUUGAGAAGUUGCCGCCCGGUCAGCGGCGCAGCGGUGCGCAGGUCAAAACCUUUGACAGGCAUGCCUACAGAGCUGGGAAUUUUGGGGACAUCUUCAAGCAACUCUUGGUGCACACCAUCGUUGAGCUGAAAGUGGCAAAGAAGGAGUCUCCGGUCUGGUAUGUGGAGCCCUGCGGUGGCGAGGGCGAGUACCAUGUGGGCCGUAUGCGGGAUGUGGACGACGAGCGGCAACCCAUGAAGUGGCCAAGAGCCGAGGAUCUGUUCUCAGUUCUUCAAGAACAAGAUCUCACCUAUCUGCCUCCAGAGGUCAGAGGAUGGAUGGAUGCCAUGAACAUGUUGAACUUUUCUGAUGUGGACUUUGAAGUGACUGGCGACGGAGCGGGCAAAGAUCCGAGGGAAGAUGGCAUCCAAUGGCUGCCCAGCACUAGCGUCAUGGCCUUGCGAUUACUGCGUGAGCAGGAUCCAGUGACCAUUUGGGAGGAUAAUCGAACGGCUUUUGGACCACUCUUCAACUUCGUGAGAAAUUGGAGCUCCAAGUUCAAACCACACAUUGAGUUGAUCUUCAAGGAUGGUUUGAAGCAUUGCCACCGAAGAUGGGUGCAGCUGAAACCAGGAUCUAUCUCAGAAGUGUAUGGCAAGUACAAGGGCCAGCGCGGUGUUGUCUUCAUUGACCCAGACUACACUCGCGGUGGCGAAGCGGAGCGCUGUCAGAGGAUCAUGGUGGAUCUAUGGAAACACUGGCGUUCAGCGACAGUGGUGGUGACCUAUCCCAUAGGUCCUCAGUAUGAGAAGAAGGCCAGAGAUUUCAACAUGUCAGUGAGAAAAGCCGACAAGACCUUGGACCUCAUGACCAUCGAAGCCUAUGUGGAGAACAAGGACUGGCAUGAAGAUUCCAAGGAAGACAAAUGGCGAGGCUAUGGUAUGCUGAUCUCCCAACCACCGCAUACCACACAAGAACGGGCCACCGCAGCUUUGAAGGUGGUUUGCGAUGCUUUGGCAACGAUGCCAAAUGCUGAUCCCAUCCACGCCAGCGAACUGAAGGAAUUGCAAGAAGUGGUGGAUCUGAAACAUGCCAUUUGCAAAGCCAAGGGAUUGCCGAAACUCGGAGAGAGGAAUGAUGGCAGAUUGGCCGGGAAAGGACAUGGCCGGAAUUCCUCAAUGCUACGGCUAUUUGAGGACAAGGCUGAAGCUGGCGAAGUUGUGAAAGCGGUGCCUUUGCAAGACAACCUCCCACUUCAGGAACUGUGGCGCCGGAGAUUGCCCCGCUUGAGGGCCUUGGUCCUGUUGCCGGAAGAAGACACGGCCCCAAGGAGCUCCCAAGGUGGCAAAGCUUUGACCGUCACGGAGGCGAAACCCGCCCUGCAGCUGCUGGGGCGUCAGGCACAGGUGAUUACUCAGUUGCCUUCAGAGCUGCAGGGAGAUCGAGCUUUGGUUCUGGAAGCAGUGAUGAAGAAUUGGAAGGUCUUGCGAUUCUGCCGUGCCAACUUCCAAGAUGAUUUGGAGAUUGUGCGACAGGCCAUGUUGCAAAACGUGGCUGCCUUGGAGUUCGCCUCGCUGCGUCUGCGCGGGACGAAGGCGCUGUUUCUGGAGGCGGUGGCGUUGAACACCGCGGCGCUGCAGCAUCUCACGGACGAGCUGAGAGAAGAUGAGGACCUUCUCCGUGAAGCCUUGCGCUGGAACCCCUUCGCCCUGCGUUUUGCCUCGCCGGCCCUGGCCAAUCGCAAGGAGCUGGUGAUGCAAGCAGUGAAGGCUGAAGGCCUUGCUUUGCUCUAUGCCGGCCGAGAGAUGCGGGAAGAUGCAGAGGUCGUGCGCGCAGCGGUGAAGCAGAACGGCAGUGCGCUGAUCUUCGCGUCGGGCGAGCUGCGGAAUGAUCGCGGGGUGGUCUCUGAGGCGGUUGGUCAGAAUGGCCUGGCCCUCCAACAUGCCAGCGAAGAGCUGCAAACGGAUGCGGAGUUGCUGAAAGAGGCCCGACGGGAUGUUGCUUCCUUAACCGUGACUCAAACUUCUGCUGCCCAGAACAGGGGUGACAUUUUCAGCCGCGGCGGCCUGGUAUCACCUCGUCCCUUACGACAUGGGUAUCCUGUGGCCCUGUCUUCCACUGGCUUCCACAUGACCAUGGCAGAUUGUUGA